UUAUAUAAAUCGAAGAUAACGCGCUUCAUGGGCCUCAGUAACCGUCACUAUGCUUUCUAUUACCGGUCUCACAAUCGCGUGCGCUGCAAUAUAUUACAGCACCCAUGGGUGUCUGGCAGACACGCAAAUCGUCGGCGGCACCAAUGCUCCAGAUGGUAUGUAUCCUUAUCAAGUAUCAUUGAAGGAUGCAUCCAAUGGAAGGCAUUUUUGCGGUGGGGCCAUCGUUAGCAAGAAAUAUAUUAUUACCGCGGCGCAUUGCUUGGCAGGUCGGCGAUAUCCAUCCGACAUUCAAAUCGGUGUUGGAAGCAAUAAUCUUCAGUCACAAAUUAUAUAUACCGCAGAUGCUCUAAUAAUACACGAUAAUUACAACAAGACGCAAUACCCUAAUGACAUUGGUUUAAUUAAAUUAUCGAAAGACAUCACAUUUAAUAAAACCAUCACAUCGACAGCUAUAAUAUCUGACAACAAGAAUUUUGAAGGUGUUAGAUUGCAAGUCUCUGGUUGGGGAAGACUCUGGGCGGGCGGUCCGGUUCCAGUACGCCUGCAACAUGUCACAGUAAGAGGAUAUUCUCAAAAGAGUUGCGCUGCGAUAUACGCACCCGAUAUCACCGAUGGUCAUAUAUGCACCCUUGAAUCGAGGGGUAAAGGAGUUUGCAAUGGUGACUCUGGUGGUGCGCUUACUUACGGAGACAAACUAGUUGGCAUCGUGUCUUUUGGUGUUCCAUGCGCCGAGGGCUAUCCAGAUGUGUUCACUAGGGUGUACUACUACAGAGACUGGGUCAACAAAUAUAUUAAUGCAGCCAACAAUUAAACAUCCUUCUCUGACUUUUUACAACGUAUCUAUGCAUACAUUCAUUUUUGUAGAUACAUAUAUUUUAUUGCGCGCGC